CUAUAUAGUGCCCAUGCUUUUCCCACGCAGUCUCUUUCCCCGGCCACAAAACAACCGUGAGUGUAACUCACCGUUCUUUAACUACUUAAAAAAAAAAAAAUACAUAAAAUCUCAAAAAUAAGUAUCUGUCGUAAUCUAAAAAAAUAUUUGAAAUCACAAAAUAUUAUUUUGGGGGGUUAAUAAUAGGCCUCGGGCUUAACCCGACGUUUAGGACAAAUCGAAUUUUCAGGAGAAUACGCCGAAAUUCUAUUCUGUUUUAGCUGUCUCUUUUCUUUUCUCGUCAGCGAGUCGUGGAAUACUUUUAGGUCAAGUGACAUUUUGGUGGAAAGAGCGUCUUAGGCUCAUUACGCAGAGAUUCUGCCCCGGCGGACAAUUCUUAACAAUUCUCGUGGCUAGCGUGAGGGAAGAACUCAUACAUUUUGUGUACUUCAAGAAAUGAACACAGCGAAUGAGGGGAGUUAUCCAAUGGCUUCUCUAUAUGUUGGCGACCUGCACCCUGAUAUCACUGAAGCUAUGUUGUAUGAGAAAUUCAGCCCAGCUGGACCAGUGCUGUCUAUUCGAGUAUGUCGUGAUAUGAUCACCCGACGCUCUCUGGGUUAUGCCUAUGUGAAUUUCUCGCAACCCACGGACGCCGAGAGAGCCCUAGACACCAUGAACUUUGAUGUGGUGAAAGGGAAGCCAAUCAGAAUCAUGUGGUCACAGCGAGAUCCCUCACUCAGGAAGUCUGGGGUGGGCAACGUGUUCAUCAAGAACCUGGACAAGACCAUUGACAACAAGGCCCUCUAUGACACCUUCUCUGCCUUUGGGAACAUCCUGUCUUGCAAAGUUGUAUGUAAUGAGAAUGGAUCCAAGGGAUACGCGUUUGUGCACUUUGAAACGCAGGACGCAGCUGACCGCGCCAUCGAGAAGAUGAACGGCAUGCUUCUGAACGAUCGCAAGGUGUUCGUUGGACGUUUCAAGUCUAAGAAGGAGAGGGAGGCAGAACUGGGGGCCAAAGCAAAGGAGUUCACCAACGUCUACAUCAAGAACUUUGGAGACGACAUGAAUGAUGACAAGCUAAAGGAAAUGUUUGACCAAUACGGUAAAACUCUCAGUGUGAGGGUUAUGGCUGACCCCAGUGGCAAAUCCAGAGGUUUUGGCUUUGUGAGUUACGAGAAACACGAGGAUGCUAACAAGGCAUGUGAGGAGAUGAACGGUCAAGAGUUCAACGGGAAGACCGUCUUCGUGGGGCGUGCUCAGAAGAAGAUGGAGCGGCAGGCAGAGCUAAAGAGAAAGUUUGAGAUGUUGAAACAGGAGAGGAUCAGCCGUUACCAGGGCGUUAACCUUUACAUUAAGAACUUGGACGACACCAUUGACGACGAGAAGCUGCGAAAGGAGUUUACCACAUUCGGGUCUAUCACCAGUGCCAAGGUGAUGCUGGAGGAGGGGCGGUCCAAGGGCUUUGGGUUCGUCUGCUUCUCCUCUCCUGAGGAGGCCACCAAGGCUGUGACUGAGAAGAACGGGUGCAUCGUGGGCUCCAAGCCACUCUACGUGGCCUUGGCUCAGCGCAAAGAAGAGCGCAAGGCCCACCUCACUAACCAGUAUGUGCAGCGCAUCGCUGGCAUGAGGGCCAUGCCAGCCAACGCCAUCAUCAACCAGUUCCAGCCCGCCAGCGGAUACUUCAUGCCUGCAGUACCACAGGCCCAGAACAGGACCACCUACUAUGCACCCAAUCAGCUGGCCCAGAUGAGGCACAACCCCAGCUGGCAGCAGCAGGGUGGCAGAGGCCAAGGUGGGUUCCAGGGAAUGCCCAACUCCCUGCGCCAGCCUGGUCCACGUGCCAACCUGAGACACCUGACUCUCAAUGCCAGCGCCCAGGGCCCCCGAAGCAUGGGGCCUUCUGGAGCUCAGAGAAUUGGAAUUGCUGGCCAGGCCAUGGGUCCUCGUCCCUCCAUGGGAGUCCCUGCCCCUCGGGCCAUGACAUCCUACAAGUACGCCACAAGCGUACGCAACACUAACCCCCAAGUGGUGCAUCCCAUCGCCUUACAGCAGUCUCAACCAGUUGUUGAUGUGCAGGGUCAGGAGCCUCUCACAGCCUCUGUGCUGGCUGCUGCAGCGCCUCAGGAGCAGAAGCAGAUGCUUGGGGAACGCUUGUUCCCCCUGAUCCAGGCCAUGCACCCCAGCUUGGCAGGGAAGAUCACUGGGAUGCUGCUUGAGAUCGACAACUCUGAGCUGCUGCACAUGCUGGAGUCCAAAGAAUCCUUGCGCUCCAAGGUGGAGGAGGCUGUUGCCGUGCUCCAGGCCCACCAGGCAAAGAAGGAUGCCACACAGAAAGUGGGAGUCAUCACUACAACCGCUGCUGCCGCUACCUCCUGAUGUGUAAAGACCGCUUACUAAAUGUUUAAAAAUAAUAAUAAUAUUUCUCAUCCUAUGCUUGUUUUUCUUUUUUGUACACAGGCAACUGAGAAAAGGCGGGUAGAGAUUACUACAUUGGUUUCAAAUGCCUGGGUCAUCAACAAAAUCCUAUGCAAAAAUAAAAAACAAGGUUAAAAAGAAUACAUUUUAACAUACUUGAGCAUUAACCCAUUUAAUCCCGAAUUUUUCCCAGACAUGAAAAUAUCCAAAUCAAGUGUCAUUAGUAACCCUUUGAAGUAAUCAAUCAUUCUUUUUUGAAAUUUUAAUGGAAAAGUAGGUGAAAAAGUGUGUUUUAUGGUCGGUCACAAUUGUGACCGGUGGGAUAAUGUUACGUAUACUAAAUUAACAUAUUUCUCCUAUGCAGUUAGCAAAGUUCUUAUAAAUCCCAACCCAGUUAUUAACACAUUUAAAACUCUGUCACUGGCAGUCCCCAGCAUUGCCACUAGAAUGCCCCGUCACGUUCUAGUGUGACUAUUUACCACAUCAAAAACCCUUAUACAACACGAUAUGAACACUGAGAGCAAAGACAAAAAAACCACCAUCAGAGUAUUUCAACAUUGUUACUUUAUUGUAACAUUGUUACUUUAGUGCAACAUGUAUUGAAACAUUAAUAUUGUAACUUUAUUGUAACUUUUGAACUUGUACUUUAGUGCAAUAUUCACUGUAACAUUGUCAUUGUGACAUUUUAGUGCAACAUUCACUAACAACUGUAUAGCAGUCGUGUGAUUCAUUCCCACUGAACAUAAAGGUAACAUUUAGGAUAGAGGUAGCCUGUAGAAUAUGCAUUCAAGUAGAGGCCUACACUGAACAAAAUACAAUUAUUUAUAUAAAAAGUGCCACUGCACAAUGAGUGCUUUUAUAUGUAUAUUUAUAUAUAUAUAUAUAUCAUAGAGGUAGGCUUCAGAACCAAGUGCAAGAUUAGUUUGUGCAUAACUAUUUUAAACUGUGAUGAGUCAGACCUACUGUCAAACAGUAUGUCUUGAAUCAAUUGACCUUCUUUUCCAAAAACAUUUCAGUCAUUUUGAUUAUCUUUUUCGUCGACUUUUCCUUUCUUCCUAGAGUCCGUUGUACUGCUUCUCCUCACCCUUUAUCGACUUUUCUAGUUUUCUUUUAUUGUCUUUUUCAGCCCUUUUUCAUUCGCUCUUUAUCUCCUUUUCUACUGUCCAUGGUAUAUCUUGAAGCACUCAAUGUGCAGUGGCGCUUUGCAUUUCUCACAUGCAUAGGUAGUGCGUUUGUCACAAUGACGACUUCUCUGGAACCGGUACAUCGUGUUGAUUGGCCAGUGAGAAGCUUUGUCAUAUCUUGCCUGAUCUUCAACAGUAGCAGUCAGUAAAGACCUCCUCCGUGGCAUCGUGCGAAACUUUUGCAUAUUUGGGCUGUAUACUAUGUGUUUUGGAAUCACAGCGGUGGCAGGCCUCUUCGAUCGUUUGAACACUCAAUCUUUAUUUUUGGCCACCUGCAGCUUUUCCCUUGGCUCUUCUGACUGGACCCUCUGGCGGGUAGAGGCCCUUGGCUCUUCAUUAUCAACAAUGAAGGGGUGUGGGGGAGGUUGUGGAUGGGGGGGUGAGGGGUAGGUCAUCAUCACUGAUAACGUUGUUCCUGUCAUGAUCUGUUUGCAUAGGUUCAGCAUAUGCAUUCAACAGCCUGGUUGGCAAAUGGCCUGUCCAUAGUCCAUAUCUGACCCAUCGCUAUCACAAUCACUCAGGACAGCAUCUUUCUCAUUUUGAGGGAUAACUGCAAUGUUGCAUGCCUUGUCUGGGCAGUCACCUAGAUCCAACAUAUCCAGAACUUGACUCAAAGUGAAACUAACAGAAAGAACAGAGUAGAAAGUUAGGUAGAACAAGACCUAUGUAUGUGUAUCAGUAUGUGUAUACCUAGAUGCACUGUGAUAUCCCACGGGUCACUAUUGUUGCCGUCAACAUGUUUACACAUUCUAUGACCACACUGAACAAAGUUGAGUAAUUGCAAAUGCAUGUAUCAAUACUAGACACCUUAAACAUGAUGUGUACCAAAAAUCUUUGUCCUAUCUUUAUGUUAACAUACUUUACUGACCUUUUGUUUGGGAGCUUUGAUGCAGCCAUCCUCUUCUCAUGGCGCAACCAGGAAGUAAACAGCUCUGGUCAUGUGACAAUUUACACUAAACAUGUGACACUACACAUCUUUCAUUGAGACCCUUUAAUAUUUCAAUAUUUGCUGUAAAUGCAUUGAUACGUCAUUCAGUAAAAGAUUUAGAGCCUUAUAACGGAUUUUUUUUUUACGGUCACUAUUGUGACCGAUGGGAUUAAAUAGGUUAAUAAACUAAAUAUUACAAUACUUAAUUUUUCUAGUUGUGUAACAAUUUUAAACUUCAUCAAAAGCAAAAACUAAUGGAAUUCUUCCAACUAAGGCCCUUUAUUUCGUGGCCAGGACAGAACCGUUUUCUGUAAGGAAAAUUAGCUUUGCUGUUAAUUCUUUGUUUGAAAGUUUUGUGUUUAAUGAUUUGAACAAUUGGAUUCCUCCAACCCAUCAUGUUAUCAUGGGUGGUGUGGUAUAUGUUAUUCUCAAUAAAGGGAUUAAUAUAUCAAGUGUA